AAUCGACCUUUUUCAAUCAGUCAUCAUGUGGAUUUUGAUGUGUUUUACCUCCCUGCUUCGAGGAGUAACUUAUAUCCUGCGAUCCGAGUACGAAUUCUGAUGACUCCUGUUUUCACGCUGUGUUGCGAAACUUGCGAUUAUUGCCCCAACUCCGCUUUGAAUCGGGACGGCAUGAUCUCAUUUCAUCUCGGCCGAUAACCUCGAAUCCACGAACCUGCCACGCCACUUCAACCGCCACUUUAACAAGUUUCUUCGACGACUGGAGUUGCCUGACCUCAAAGAGCAACCCCACCAGUGGAUGUAAGCCAUCCAUUUCCGCCUCCGGAAUUCGCGACAUCCGGGCCAGCCUGGAUGGUCUGAUCGCCCACACAGCCGCCACUCUUCGGACAACGAAGCAGAUCUGCAGUUGAAAGCUGGAGACGUUGCACAGCCCUGGCUUCGGGACGCGCGUAACCUCGUUUAGUGCAUCACACCAUGUCGAUUGUGGCUGACCAGGUCCGUCGUCUAGAUGCACGGAUAGACCGCGUCUCCCUAGGACCCCUGACGCUAGGCGCGGAUCAUGAAGUCGAGCUGCAGAACAUCGACCAGGUCGCUGCCUCAGCGCUAGCUUCCCCCCGUGUCGAUGAACUUCUGCACAUAGUGAAGGCCCUGUCAUCUGGACUGACUUCGGGAUCCCACUUGUCUUCGUCUCGGAUCCAGAAUCUGCUUGUGCAGUCCGGCUUGACAGAAGAGACGCCCUUGCCCGAGCUCCUUGAGGCUAAGAGUCAGUAUGAGACUGAUGUUGAGUGGCUUCUGGUAGGCAAGGCUACCGUUCAGACCUAUGGGCUCUUAAUGGGCACACUGCUAGACCAAAUUAUCCCGCUGAGCGAUGAUAUUUGGUACUGGGAUGAGGUGGUGAGCUCAUAUCCGUACGGCCUCCUUUAUACGAUGCAGACCUCGCCGUUGCGGAUGUGGAAAUGGACCAGGGAGAUCUAUUCGGAGAGCGUGGAGCGUUUCAAACGCUUACAUCUGGAUCAAUUACCAGGACAGGGGACAGAAGUUGAGGAAGUGUCGCCUGCGCAGCAUGAUGAGAGUGGCCAAACCCACAAGGCUCUGGGGCUGGCAUCUUUGCACUCUCAGUUGUCAAAACACUGGCGUCAGUUCUACGACAUCGUGAGGCAGAGCGUCGCCCAGAGGUCCAUCAUGGAUAUUCAGCGCAAGAUUGCCUCUCGAGUGGACAUCGGUCGUUCCGAAGCCCGUCACAAGCAGGCUCGGCUGCGGAGACUCCGAGAACUGACAGCAACAGGGCUAGGGGUACUUCUGGACGAGGGCCUGAAUUUCGGUCUUUCAGAAGAAGCGCAUCACGAAGAGUGGAAAGGCAUGCUAGAGCGCAGCGUCGCCCUGAUGGAUAUGAUCCUUCGUGGUGUGCUUGUCUUGGAUAUGAGCGUCUCGGAGUUUGAGGAUAAGGUCUUUGCGGGAGUUGAGGAGGACCCAGAGCUCUCCAUACACAUUGAGGAUGUCAAUCCAGCCGAGAGACCGGCCGUACUUGCGCGCCGGCUCCUAACACUCCUUCAAGAUGGACUGCCAGAUCAUCGCAUCGCCAUGACAAAACUCACCCGUAGGUACGGACGACCAUCGAGGCUGGUUAGAUAUUGGCUUCCUGCGGCUGCUCUGCUCGUUUCAUCCUCCACGAUUCUCCGCAUACUGGUCAACAAGCAGCAAGAUAUCAUUAACUGGGUUCGAGACUUUGGCCAAACCGCACGCGACUUUUGGUUCAACUGGGUAGUCGAGCCCGUACGCAGGAUUAUUGGCACGAUUCGCCACGACGACACCGCCGAGAUCGCCAUCAUGAGCCGGGAUAGCCUGAAGGCGGACCGUGACAGCCUGGAACGGAUGGUGGUUGAGUUUGCAACGGACAACCCGGAUAUUGCAGUAGGUAACUCGUCCAUCACGGAAAGCGAAAUCGCCGAGAUCCGUUCCAAGGUCAAGGCCGGGGAUGUGACACCCGUCCUCAAAGCCUACGAGAAAGACAUUCGAAGGCCCGUUGUGGGCGCGAUAAGAGGGGAUUUGGUCCGCUCGCUGCUCAUCCAAGUGCAAAAGACAAAAGUCGACCUCGAAAUAGCCAUCAGUGGCAUCGACGCGCUGCUGAAGAGCCAGGAGUUGGUCUUUGGCUUUGUAGGGUUGACUCCUGGUGUUCUCGUUACCAUCGGCUUGUUCCAGUACCUUAGGACCCUGUUCGGCAGCCGCAAGGGUGUCCGACGGACUCGGCAGGUCAGGCGUAGCGUGCGGGUGCUACGCAAGAUUGACAGGAUCCUCUCUGAAGCAACCACGUCGCAAAACAGCCUCAUCUCUUACCGAGACCACGGGCUUUUGGUCUGCGAGGUCCAUGUGCUACGAGGGUUGGCGCAUGGUGUCCUUCCGGGGGAUGUCGAGAAGGAGUUCAUCGAGGAUCUCGAUGAGUUGACCAACCUCAAAGGGAUACAGGUACAGAUGAAGGCGCUUGAGAGAAUCCGCUGGGCGUAUGCCGAGUGGCUGAGCAAGAUGCAAUAGCGACGUGGGGAAUGAAUACGCGUCCAUGUCUACAUCGUGGGGUUUGUAUUUGACCUGUGUUUUGCCAUGGCAGCGGGAGCAUUGAUAGAGCGUUGUAUCAUGCAACAUAUGAAAAGUUUGGGCAUUACUAUGAGUUUAAAUAGAUUCAGGCCAACGCUGGCUUCUAUAUAUGGGGUGUUAUACAGAAG